CGAAAAAUCCAGUCCCGGCCUGCAUGCGUUUCGGCUGCGGGCUGCAGUAGUGAGUGGGCGCACGCUGAGCAAACAUCUGGAACAUGUGGGGAAAGUCGCCCAAUUUACGGGUUUUCUGGGUGUUUUGGGGGGUUUUUUGGACGGCAGUCCUGGGGGAGCGCGACUGGUCGCCCAAUCCGACCAUUUUCAACAUCGGGGGCGUGUUGAGCAACAACGAAAGCAAGGCUUUGUUCAAGGAGACCAUCGAUCACCUGAACUUCGACUCCAGCUUUGUCCCCAAAGGGGUCACCUACUACAACACGGCGAUUCUGAUGGAUUCGAACCCCAUCCGCACGGCACUGAAUGUGUGCCAGUUUCUCAUUUCGAAGCAGGUCUACGCUGUAGUAGUGUCCCAUCCGCUCAUCGGUGACCUUUCGCCAGCGGCCGUCUCCUACACGAGCGGCUUCUACCACAUUCCGGUCAUUGGGAUCUCAUCGCGCGACUCCGCAUUCUCCGACAAGAACAUCCACGUGUCCUUCCUCAGAACGGUGCCGCCCUACUCCCAUCAGGCGGACGUUUGGGUCGAGAUGCUCAAGCAUUUCAACUACAAGAAAAUCAUUUUCAUCCACAGCUCGGACACGGACGGACGUGCCAUUCUUGGACGCUUCCAGACCACGUCCCAAAGUCUGGAGGAUGAUAUUGAGAUCAAAGUCCAGGUGGAAACUGUCAUUGAGUUCGAGACGGGGCUGAGCAGUUUCCGCGACCACUUGAUUGAGAUGAAAAACGCGCAGGCGCGCGUCUACUUGAUGUACGCCAACAAAAACGACGCCAAGGUCAUCUUCAAGGACGCGGCGUCCUUGAACAUGACGGACGCCGGAUACGCCUGGAUCGUCACUGAGCAGGCGCUGGAAGCCGACAAUGUUCCCGAAGGAAUCCUGGGACUGAAGCUGGUGAAUGCCACCAAUGAACGGGCCCACAUCCGGGACAGCAUAUACGUGCUGGCGUCAGCGCUGCGCGACAUGAACCAAAGCAAAGAGAUCACAGCGGCGCCCAAAGACUGCGACAACUCGGGCGCCACCUGGGAGACGGGCCGCCAACUGUUCACCUUCAUCAAGAAACAGGUGCUGAUCAAUGGGGAGACUGGCAAGGUGGCGUUUGAUGAUCAGGGCGAUCGCAUCAAUGCCGAGUACAACAUUGUCAACGUCCAGAGGAAGAAGAAGAAAGUGGUGGUGGGGCGGCACUUUUACAACAAGCAAACGGACCGCAUGCAUUUGGGCGUCGACGAAAAAAUCAUCGUGUGGCCGGGCCGGCAAAACGUCAAACCUGAAGGCUUCAUGAUCCCCACCCACCUCAAAGUGCUCACCAUUGAGGAGAAGCCGUUCGUCUACGUGCGGAGAAUUGAGGGGCCAGGCACGUGCGACCACGACGAAAUUCCCUGUCCCCACUUCAAUGGGACGCACGAUCUGACUGCCAAGUACUGCUGCAAGGGCUACUGCAUGGAUCUGCUCAAGGAGCUGUCCAAGAAGAUCAACUUCACCUACAGUUUGGCGCUGUCGCCUGAUGGUCAGUUUGGGAGCUACGCCCUGUGGAACACCUCCAUCAAGAAGGAGUGGAACGGGCUGAUCGGGGAGCUGGUGAGCGAGAGGGCGGACAUGAUAGUCGCCCCAUUGACCAUCAGCCCGGAGCGCGCGGAGUUUAUCGAGUUCAGCAAGCCCUUCAAGUACCAGGGCAUCACCAUUCUGGAGAAAAAGCCCUCCAGGUCUUCGACGCUGGUUUCCUUCCUGCAACCGUUCAGCAACACCCUGUGGAUCCUGGUGAUGGUGUCCGUCCACGUGGUGGCGCUGGUGCUCUACCUACUAGACCGCUUCUCGCCGUUCGGGCGCUUCAAGCUGGCCAACACAGAUGGCACUGAGGAGGACGCGCUCAACCUCUCCAGCGCCAUCUGGUUCGCCUGGGGCGUCCUCCUCAACAGCGGCAUCGGCGAAGGCACGCCCCGCAGCUUCUCCGCCCGCGUAUUGGGCAUGGUGUGGGCGGGCUUCGCCAUGAUCAUUGUGGCCUCCUACACGGCGAAUCUGGCGGCUUUCCUGGUGCUGGAACGGCCCAAAACCAAACUGACUGGGAUCAACGAUGCGCGACUGCGCAACACCAUGGAGAACCUGACGUGCGCCACUGUGCGCAGCUCGGCCGUUGAUAUGUACUUCCGCCGACAGGUGGAGCUGAGCAACAUGUACCGGACGAUGGAGGCGAACAACUACGAUACGGCAGAGCGCGCCAUUGCCGACGUCAAGGCCGGCCACCUGAUGGCGUUCAUCUGGGACAGCUCGCGGCUGGAGUUCGAGGCUGCGCAAGACUGCGAGCUGGUGACGGCUGGCGAGCUGUUUGGGCGCUCCGGCUACGGAAUCGGGCUGCAAAAAGGCUCCCCAUGGGCGGACGACGUCACCCUGGCCAUCCUCGAUUUGCACGAAGGCGGUUUCAUGGAGGGGCUGGACAACAAGUGGAUCCUGCAGGGCAACACGCAACAGUGCGAACAGUUCGAGAAAACGCCCAACACUUUGGGCCUGAAAAACAUGGCGGGGGUAUUCAUACUGGUGGGGGCCGGCAUAGUGGGGGGCAUGGGCCUGAUUGUCAUCGAGAUGAUCUACAAGAAGCACCAGAUGAAGAAGCAGAAGCGCAUGGAGUUGGCGCGCCACGCGGCUGACAAGUGGAGGGGGUGUGUCGAGGUUGGCCACUCCCACUUUCCCCCACUCCCGACCUCCCCAUCGCUGAUUUUGCCCUGGUUUCAGAAGCGCAAGACCUUGAGGGCGGCGGCGUUGCCGCAGCGCCGCAUCAAAUCGAACGGCGUGAACGAGCCGGUCACCAUUUCGCAUGUGGUGGACAAGUUCCAGCGCAUCGGCCCGCCCGAGAGGGCGUGGCCUGGCGAUGUGGACAUCCGGCAACGCCGGAACGACGAGGGCGUGGCCCCGCCCAUCCCCCGCUACCUGCCCGGCUACACCUGGGACGUUUCCCACCUGGUGGUCUAGAGCCCACACCUGUAGGCUCGCAGUAGGCAAAGCAUAGGAGGAAAAUAAAACCGGUUUAAUAUUC